GCGGCCAGUCUCGCGAGCUCCGGUGAAGGGGGUAGCCAAUCGGCGCGCAGGGCCCGGGAGCCGGCAGCCAAUCGGCGCGCACCGCUGCCUGGACCCCGACCAAUGGGCGGGUUCCCCGACCUCCCCCUCGCUCGGGCUGCGGCGCGCGGGGAGCUCCGAGCGCGCCUCCAUUUAAAGGGACCGCCGCCUCCGCACGCUCCUGGGGGGCUCCGGCAGCGCCUGUGGCGGGGACGGGCGCGGCGGGGCGAUCGCCGUGGCGGAGCCGGGGAUCGGCAGUUGGUGGGCAGCUCUGGAUGGAUUCCAGCGAAUUCCCUGCCUCUUUGGGGCCCCUGCCUCUGCACAAUAAGCCCCUAAUUGGGGAUCUCCCUGCGGGCCUGGAGUUCGGAGAGGAUCUGCUGGCCUCCCAAACAGCCUCCAUCCCACAAGCAGCGACGGCCCAGCCCCAAGAGAUGGAGUGGGAGGCGUCUAAGCAAGCAGCGUCCGACGGUAGCUCACAGUUUGGCGUGGGGAAAGCCGCUGACCUGUCCACCGUGAGCAAGUCUAAUAGUUUGGCCCUGAGUAAAGCCAGCACUUUGGACCACCUGGAGAAGCCUGGCCUCCUGGGCAGCUUGAGCAAAGGAGGGGGCCAGGAGGGGCUAGAGAAGUCUGGGGACCCCGAUGGCUUCUUCAAAGCACGUGGAUCUCUGGACCCAGAGAAUGGGACUGAAGCCCCCCCCGUACCGGGAACCGAACAGCGCCUGAGUCCCGAAGCUUUGCAGGAGGAGGAGGAGGGGGGCUCCCAAGGAGGCACGGGGCAGGAGAGCCACACCAAGCAGCCCAGCUGCGCUCCAAACCGCUCCGCCGAGGAGGACCCUGAGGUGGUCGAGGUGAGCAGCGUGCCCCCUUCGCAAGAAGCCGCCCCCUCGUCCGGCAGCCCCACAACGAGCCCACGGCUGGCGAAGAAGCCCCGGUUGAAACCCCCCAAGAAGAGCGCCCUGGACGCUUCGGCUAACGCAAAGGAGGAGGAAGGGGCCCCUCCGAACAGCCUCCCUGAGCCUGUGCCCCCCCUGCCGCCCGUUCCAGAAGUGGCCGAGGGGAGUCUGAGUGCAGCCACGAAAGAAAGUGGGCCCAGCGAAGCCACCAAAGGACGAGAAGCGGGAGCUCCACCAUCCCUUGCAGGGGAAGGCGCUGGUGCGAAGGGAGCCGAGGCCCCCGUCGAAAGGGAGCAGAAGAGGAGCGAGCGAGCCAGGAGGGCAGAGGUGUCUCGGCCAGAAACGGUCAACUCUUCAGAGAGCAUCCCCGUCUCUGAUGAGGACUCGGACGCCAUGGUGGAUGACCCCAACGACGAGGACUUUGUCCCCUUCCGCACCCGCCGGCCCACCCGCCUGUCUCUGCGCAACCAGAUGGCCCAGCGGGCGGCCCGCUCAACCGUCACCAAGAUGAACUGCGCCAACUGCCGCACGCCGCUACAGAAGGGCCAGACGGCUUACCAGCGCAAGGGGCUCCCCCAGCUCUUCUGCUCCAGCUCCUGUCUCACCACCUUCUCCAAGCGGCCCCUCAGCAGGAAGAGCUGCACCUUCUGCAAAAAGGACAUCUGGAACACCAAGGAGUCGGUGGUGGCCCAGAUCGACAACUCUUUCCACGAGUUCUGCACCUCGGUUUGCCUCUCGCUCUACGAAGCGCAGCAGCAGCAGCGUCCGGCCCCACAGGCAGCUGAAACCUCGGACACCAUCCGGUGCAGCGUCUGCUACAAGACUGGAGAAAUCCAGCACGAAGUGAGCAACGGCAGUGUCGUGCACCGGAUCUGCAGCGAUGCCUGCUUCACGAAAUUCCGGGCCACCAAAGGGCUGAAAACCAACUGCUGCGACAGCUGUGGCCUUUACCUGUACAACAAGGGGGCCCCCUUGGAAUUCCUCUUCCACGAGGGGCAGCAGAAGCGCUUCUGCAACCCCACCUGCCUCAACAGCUACAAGAAGAAACACACCCGGGUCUACCCAUGCAUGUGGUGCAAGACGCUGUGCAAGAACUUCGACAUGCUCUCCCACAAAGACCGCAACGGCAAGCUGGGCCUCUUCUGCUCCGUCUGCUGCACCACCUCGUACAAGGUCAAGCAGGCCGGACUGACAGGACCCGUCCGGCCUUGCAGCUUCUGCCGAAAGAGCCUGUCUGAGCCCUGCUAUUACAACAAGAACAAGCAGGUGGUGUACCAGUUCUGCAGCCCCAGCUGCUGGACCAAAUUCCAGCGCUCCAGCCCGGAAGGUGAGAUCCACUUGACCUGUCAUUCCUGCCACAACCUCUUCACUGGGAAGCCCGAGAUCCUGGAUUGGCAGGACAAUGUCUACCAGUUCUGCUGCCGGGACUGCUGCGAGGACUUCAAGCGGCUGCAAGGGGUGGUCUCCCAGUGCGAGCACUGCAAGCAGGAGAAGCUGCUGCACGAGAAGAUCCGCUUCUCGGGAGUGGAGAAGAACUUUUGCAGCGAAGGGUGUGUGCUUCUUUACAAACAGGAUUUCACCAAGAACCUUGGCCUCUGCUGCGUGACCUGCACCUAUUGCUCCCAGACCUGCCAGCGAGCCGUCACCGAGCAGCUGGAGGGCAGCACCUGGGACUUCUGUAGCGACGACUGCAAAAGCAAAUACCUGCUCUGGUACUACAAGGUAGCUCGGUGCCACGCUUGCAAGCGGCAGGGGAACCUGUUGGAAACGAUUCACUGGCGAGGCCAAAUCAAGCAUUUCUGCAACCAGCAGUGCCUGUUGAGGUUUUACAACCAACAGAAUCAGCCCAACCUGGACACCCAGAAAGGGCCUGAGAGUCUGCUGAACAGUCAGGCCCCGGAGCCCAAGCAGCCCUCUGCCGCUGCCCAGAAAGCGGAGCCCAGCGCGGAACCUGCCAAGACCGCCCCCACCUCGCCAACAUCAGCUGCCCCCCAGCCCCCUCAGCCGGUCACCCCCCGGAAGAACAAGUCCGCCAUGUGCAAGCCGCUCAUGCAGAACCGAGGGAUUUCCUGCAAGACCGAGAUGAAAUCCAAGGGCUGCCAGACAGACGACUGGAAGCCUCAGGUGAUUGUGCUGCCCAUACCUGUACCAGUCUUUGUGCCCGUGCCCAUGAACAUGUACUGCCAGAAAGUCCCGGUGCCUUUCUCCAUGCCAGUCCCCGUCCCUGUGCCAAUGUUUCUGCCCACCACCCUGGAGAGCACAGAGAAGAUUGUGGAGACCAUUGAGGAGCUGAAGGUGAAGAUCCCUUCCAACCCUCUGGAAGCUGACAUCCUAGCCAUGGCGGAGAUGAUCGCCGAGGCCGAAGAGCUGGACAAAGCCUCCUCUGACUUGUGUGACCUGGUGAGCAACCAGAGUGCCGAGGGCCUCCUGGAGGACUGCGACCUCUUUGGGCCGGCCAGGGAUGACGUCCUGGCCAUGGCGGUCAAGAUGGCCAACGUCCUGGAUGAGCCGGGACAAGACCUGGAGGCCGACUUCCCUAAAAGUGAGGGCAGCGCCAGAGACCCCUUGGACAUCAAUCCCAGUGUGGACUUCCUCUUCGACUGCAGCCUGGUGGCCCCUGAGGACGUCGCUGCAGAUCCGGACUUGCCUCGCGCGAUUCGCAAGGGCCAGAAGCGCCUGGUGCUGUCGGAGAGCUGCUCCAGGGACUCCGUAAGCAGCCAGCCCAGCGGCUCAGUCCUCAACUCCUCCUACGGGGUGAACGCCUGGAAGAGCUGGGUGCAGGCCAAGUACGUGGGGGCCGAAACCAGCAAGGGCGACGAGCUGCGCUUUGGCCCCAAGCCCAUGCGGAUCAAGGAGGACAUCCUAGCCUGCACGGCGGCUGAGCUGAACUACGGCCUGGCCCAGUUCGUCAAGGAAAUCACCCGGCCCAACGGGGAGCGCUACGAGCCAGACAGCAUCUAUUACCUGUGCCUGGGGAUCCAGCAGUACUUGUUGGAGAACAACCGCAUGGUCAACAUCUUCACCGACCUCUACUACCUGACUUUUGUGCAAGAACUGAACAAGUUGCUGAGCGGAUGGCAGCCUUCGGUCCUGCCCAAUAGCACGGUCUUCUCCCGUGUGGAAGAGGAGCACCUCUGGGACUGCAAGCAGCUGGGCGUCUACUCCCCAUUUGUGCUGCUCAACACCCUCAUGUUCUUCAACACCAAGUACUUCGGGCUGCAGACGGCCGAGGAGCACAUGCAGCUCUCCUUCACCAACGUGGUGCGGCAGUCGCGCAAGUGCACCAUGCCGCGGGGCUCGGCCAAAGUCGUGAGCAUCCGCUACUACGCGCCUGUGCGGCACCGGAAGGGCCGAGAGAGCGGCCUGGGCAAGCGGAAGAGAGAGGAGGAGGCGCCGGUCUUGGAGCAGCGGGAAAACCGCCUGAAUCCCUUGCGCUGCCCGGUCAAGUUCUACGAGUUCUAUCUCUCCAAAUGCCCCGAGAGCCUCCGCAGCCGCAACGACGUCUUCUACCUGCAGCCGGAGCGCUCCUGCAUCGCGGAGUCCCCGCUCUGGUACUCGGUCAUCCCCAUGGACAAGAGCAUGCUGGAGAGUAUGCUGAACCGUAUCCUGGCUGUGCGCGAGAUCUACGAGGAGCACAGCCGCGGGGUGGGAGGCCUGGAUGACGACAUGGACUGACCCGGGCGGCCCUCGCUGUGAGAGAAGGUGGGCUCCGGUGCUGCUCCCCCCAUCCCUGGCUGCAGGGACCGGGGGUAGCUCGCCCGUCAGCCCUUCCCUUUCUGGAGGACAGGCAUAAAGGACUCGGCCACUGCCUCUUCCACCCUGGCAAUGGUCCCCUGGUGUCUCCGCCCUCCCCACGCUUCUUGGGGGUCCCUUCUUGGCUGGCCUCAUCACCUGGUCUCUCUCUCCAGACUGGCAGGGAAGGGGGCACAGGUGGCUUCUGGACUUAGGGGUGGAUCGAGAGCCCUUCCCUGGAGGGAAAGGAGGGAGGGAGGGGGGUGGCUCCCGAGGGCCCGUUCUCGUACCCCCUGCCCUUCCGCUGACAUCUGGCCCCGGCCUGCUGCUCUUCCUCCAGGGGCUCAGAGGCUGCCUCGCACCCAGGUCCCCCCCCCUGUCUCUGUGUGUGGCGUUGAGCUCUGAGCUAUGGCUGGUGGUGGUGCCGUUUGUUGAGCCUGUAUAUACAUUGUCCUGGCCCAGCCCUGCAGUGUCCGUGUCUCCAGUGAGCCAGUUGUGGGCCUCGUUAUCGCGUUGUGAUAUACUGGACGUUCAGACCCGGCCCCCCACCCCACCCCCCUGCGUCUCUCUGGAAAUCAUUCAUUUCAAAUAAAGGCAGAAAAAGCUCUCUGGUUUUGGCUCUUUCUGGCGAAGGGGGGGGAAGAAACUUGGUGCUGCAGCCCCAGAGGUCAGCCGGGAGGGCCUCCAGAUCAGUGGGGAGCCAGCUCCCCCCUCCCCCCGAUUUCUCUUUCUGGCCUACCGGAGGAACAAUCUGGGCUGCCCGUCUCCUGUGUGUUCUUUCACCCUUCGGCCAUUAGGGGGCAGUAGCUCACGUCAACGUUUGGGGAGCUGCUGCUGUGGUCAGAGCCAGAGACAGUCCAGCUUGGUGCCCUACAGUGGACUUCAUGGUCUGUGCAAGCUAGGAAUUACCUCCCCCCACCACCCGAGGCGCCAUGGUGUGUGUUCAUGCGGGGCACAGCUCAAGGCAGGCGUUCCAGCUGCCUCCGGGCCAUGGGGCAAGGGGGAAGGGCAGCCGGAACACAGCAAGGAAAGGCGAUCUGCUUUUAGGCCCCAGCUGAAGAGAAGCGAGCCUGGGCAGAGGGCUCAACCCGGGCGCUGUGUUUGUGGGAGAGGCCCCUUGUGCCUCAACCUGGAAGUGGCUGCGGAGCAGGUGGGGUUUCUCCCCCGGAUGGAAAUUCCACCUGUUCCUGCCUGAAUGUGGGACGAGGAGGCGCUCAAAGGUUGGGCAAGAAGGGAAGGAAGACAGUCUCAGGCCAGGGCGCAGCCCAACAAGGAGCUGGACAGUCUCUGGAGCGGGGAAAGCUGCCAGGGAGAUGUUGGGCCAGCCCACCCACUUGACUGAGUCCGGAACGCCUCAACUGCCCUGACUGCCCCAUUUCGACUGAGUCCUUCAAGCGCCCAUUGCCCCAGUGGGGGCUCCGAGCCCCUGCCCUUCCCUCAUCCAGCAGUGGCAUUUGGGUGCCCUCCGAGUUUUGCCUGGCUGCCUUUCCCAUUGCAGGGUUUCCUCCGCCUUUACUGCGCCUGGCUCCUUACGCCUCUCCUACAGGGGGAGGAGGAGUCUUGCCUUUAGCUACCAGCCUCACAAAAAAAAGGGAAGCCGGGUUGAUCUGCCGCCGUGCCCCUUGUGCCCCAUCUCUGCAAAACCCUCUGCCUCUCCUUCGGCUGGCAGGUCGGGACACCUGGACUAAGCCAGCUUGCCUCCCCCCCCCCAAACAGGCUAAGGGUCCUGCCAGCUGCCGCCUCUUUCCUCAGCCCCCUCUCCCCCUCUUCUGCUUAGGCUCCUGGCAGGAGUUCUUUGGCUGGAUCCAGACUUGGGGAUGGGAAGGGGAGAUUCCUCCCACCUCCGGACGUACUUUUCAGCAAACAGUGGCCGGCCAGGAAUUCAAGCGGAGGAGGAAGGUCUGCCUCUCCAGCUAAAGCAACUUUUCGUCUGCCGAUGUGAAAGCCCAAAGAAAAACCCCUGAAGGAAAGACCUGCAAAAUCGUUUUAAUACUGUGACUUGCUUUGGUACAGUAAAAUGCAGCCGACGAGCCGGGCUGCAAUUGGAUUUCCUGGCCGGAAAGGGCCUGCAGCGACCUUCAGGAGCCCCCGUUGCAGACCACCAGCCUGUGGGCUUCACCUAGCUGCAACCAGGGUGUUCCCCAGACCGAUCCGGUGCCUGCAAAAUCCC